AUGUCCUUCCAAUUCAACGAACAGAUGUUCAAAGACAACUCCUUCAACGAUACAAUUAAACAGAGACUGACAUCUGCACUGAAUUCGUUCUCGAAGAAGAAUAACCUCUCACAUGAGUCAUCAUCGUCUAACACACCAUCAUCAUCGUCAUCAAAUACAUCAUCAUCCUCUUCUGCUUCCAUACCAAUAUCACAUGAAACAAAUAGCUUGAGUAUCCUGAAAAGUGGCAUCGUCGUCAGGAAGGUUAACUUCCCUACCAUUCCGCAGAUUGAAAUACUAGAUCUGGAUAUACAAACAACACAGCCAAGGUCUUUAUUGAAGGGAAUGUGCAAAAUAUCUUGCAAAGACGCUACUUUACAAAUACAAACUAUAAUAGAAUCAAACUUGUUGCUUUUGAAUUUAGAAGAACAACCUGUAUUUACCACACCAAGGAUGAUAAAUAACAACUCCUUCCAAAUACCGAUAACGAUGACCUUUACCAAGAUUCAACUGGAGGCAAUAACAAAUAUUUUUAUGAAAGAUCAUGGGGUGAGUAUUUCCUUCAAUGAUGUCUCUUUGAAUUUUGAUUUCGAUUGUUCCAUCAAGAUUUUACAAUCCACCAUCGAGAAAAGACUAAAAAAUUCAAUGAAAUUGGUAUUUGAAGACAUUCUACCUACUGUGAUAUUUAACAUGUCACAAAAUUGGUUCACAGGCAAAUCACAUCCACCAGCAAAUCAAAAACUUAUACAACCUAACAAUUCGCAUCCAAGAAUGAUCCUGGAGGAGUCUGACUUGCAAGAAUUAUCCGCAACAAAUAUGUUAAGAUUGUCUACAAUAAUAUCCUCUAGACAUACACUCUCAUUACAUUCCACUGAAAUUCAUUCCUUAUCAACGAUACCUGGGUGCCUGGAGAGACAAAACUUAUACCGUUUCAUAUCCAAGAUGCCAUCAUUGACAUGUUUCGAUAAUUGUGCUUCCAAAUUACAACAACAAAGGGAAAAACAACAAGAAAUAAUGGAAAGACCUUCAAGAAGGAAAAAUAGUCACUUACCAUCACAUCAAAUCAAUCAAUUACCACAGAGCGCCCUGGAUGAGCAUACUUAUAAUUUAGAAACUAUAACGAAUAUUCAAAAUCAUCUUUAUGAAAGAAGUAAAGGUGACCAUAUUGCUCCUCGUAGAAGGAAGGUUAAGUUGAAUUUAAAGAAGAAGAAGACGAACACCAAUAAAUCAUUGCCGGAAUCCAAGUUCACUGAAAUAACGACUCAACUGGAGAAUGAAAUCUCAACCGAGGCAAGAACCACACCAGUGCCAGUCUCUAAAGAAAGUCAUGAUGUGACGCCUCAACCUGACGUGGAAGAUGACGGUAAGAGUAAGACAAUGGUAAGUUCAAGGAAAUCAUCUAAUGGGUCUGUUCAUAAUGAAACUAGAUAUUUCAAAUUACCUAAGAGGGCUGCCAAAUAUUUGAAUAACAGUAACAAUAGCUCAAGCAAUAGUAUUACCACAGAUAUGAUUAAAACAAUAUCGCCACCUUUAUCACCUUUAUCUUUAUCGAAAAACUAUAGAGAUUAUGACAAUUCCAAGGGAUUCAAUUUCAUUGGGCUUAAUCAUCACGGUUGGCGAUGGGGUAUCAAUGAAGAUCAACCUCCCCCAUAUAGUUAA